AAAUCCUCUACUUUCUUACACCCUUUCAUGUUCGCCCAACAACGACAGAAACAAAAACAAAAAUGCAGUUGGAGAGAAUAUUUCCGACGUCGUUCUCACACCUACCCACCGUGUUGGUAUCAAUUUAUAAAAGCCCUCUACUUCCUCUCUUCACAAAACUCUGUUCUCUUUUCCCUCACACAUGGCAGAAAAACUAAUCUCUCUCUUGGUUUUCUUUCUACUUCUUUACCCAGUAAAGCCUGAUUUAGACAAUGGUGGGCCCUUGUUGGGAGAGUUUAUCGAUGGGUUCAAUGCUGCAAGCAACAACGUGAGCUUACACGGCGUUGCUGCAAUUGAAAGAAACGGCUUGCUUCGGCUGACAAACGGCUCUCUCCAAGCUGUCGGCCAUGCAUUUUAUUCUUAUCCGAUCCAAUUCAAGAACUCCAGCGGCCAAGUAAUUUCUUUCUCCACCUCGUUCGCUUUUGCUAUAAUCGACCAGAGUGGGAAACAAGGCGGCGGCGGCGGCCUCGCUUUCACAAUCUCUCCAACAAAAGAACUUCCCGGGACUCUUCCAGGGCCUUAUCUUGGCCUAUUCAACGCCACCAAUGAUGGGAACUUCGCAAACCACGUGGUUGCGGUAGAAUUUGACACUUUCAAGGACUUGGAGUCCAGAGACGUCGACGACAAUCAUGUUGGGAUCGACAUCAAUAGCGUAGCAUCGAUCAUGUCUGUUCCCGUCGUGCAAUUUAAGGGUAGUGAUACCAACAAUGUUUCCAUCAACUUGAAGAGGGGUCAGGUAAUUCAGGCCUGGAUCGAAUACAAUUCGCAAAUAAAUCAACUAGAUGUAAAGGUUUCGCUGGAGUCUGCUAAACCCAGGUCUAUACUUCUGUCCAUAAAAAAGAACCUCUCAGAAAUUCUUCAAGAAUCUAUGUAUGUCGGAUUUUCUGCUUCAACUGGUUUAUCCGCUAGCCAGCAUUAUAUUUUGGGUUGGAGCUUCGAAGUUAAUGGAGAGGCUAAAAGUCUCUAUUUAGACAAACUCCCUAAGCUUCCCUCUAUUCCUGGGAACAAAAAGAAUCACACAAAAAUAAUAAUUGCUGUCUCAGUUUCAGGUGCCUCGGCUGUGAUUUUGGGGACGGCUUUGGCCUUCUACGUAUUCAAGAAAAUCAAGAAGUCUGACGCGGUAGAAGCCUGGGAGCAUGAUGUUGGUCCGCAUAGAUUUUCUUACAAGGAGCUGAAGAAAGCAACAAGGGGUUUUAGCGACACACAGCUACUUGGGUUCGGUGGGUUCGGUCGAGUUUAUAAAGGAACUCUGCCAAACUCAGACACCCAACUUGCUGUUAAGCGUAUUUCCCACGAUUCAAGACAGGGCUUGGAAGAAUUCGUGUCCGAAGUUGGUAGUAUUGGUCGUCUUCGCCAUAGAAACCUGGUUCAGUUAUUGGGUUGGUGUCGUCGGGAAGGCGAUCUACUGCUUGUUUAUGAUUUUAUGCCUAACGGAAGCUUGGAUAAGCAUCUCUUUGAUGUGCCUAAAACAAUCCUCAGUUGGGAUCAAAGGUUCCAGAUCAUCAAAGGAGUGGCUUCAGGGCUUCAAUACUUACAUGAGGAGUGGGAACAGACUGUGGUUCACAGAGACAUCAAGGCAGGAAAUGUUUUACUGGAUUCUGACUUUAACGGAAAGCUGAGUGAUUUCGGUCUUGCAAAACUAUACGAGCACGGUUCCAACCCAAUCACUACAAAGGUGGUGGGCACGCUGGGUUAUUUGGCACCUGAGCUGACGCGCAUAGGCAAGCCUACAACCAGCUCGGAUGUAUUUGCCUUCGGUGCGUUGUUGCUAGAAGUGGUAUGUGGUAGAAGGCCCGUGGAUUCCAAAGCAUCCGCAGAGGAGAUCCUGUUGCUGGAAUGGGUGUGGGAGAAGUGGUGUGAAGGAGCAAUACUUGAUGUUAUAGAUUCAAGGUUGGACGGUAAGUUCGAUGAGGUUGAGGCAGUUUUGGUGCUCAAACUGGGAUUAAUGUGUUCGAAUUAUGCGCCCGAGGCACGCCCCCCGAUGCGGUUGUUGGUAAGGUACCUGGAGGGGGAGUUGACGCUGCAGGACGAGGUGGCGGUUCCUUACGGGAGAAAUGAUUGUACUUCUGGUCAUGGUGUUGAGUUUAAGGAUUAUGUGCGAUCUCUUCCGACUACGUCUUUUUCGACUUCUCAAAAGGGCAGCACGUGGACUUCGGUCGGUAGUGAUGGUGAUGCCGAUAUUGAAGCUGGUUUAACCCCACAAGUUUCAGUUCACAGUAGAGAUGAUGGUAAAUAGAAACGAGGGGGUUCGAAGCAGUGCGAGUACUUCCCUUCUUCCUUUCUUUGGUUUUGUAUUUAUUUGUUCGAAUGUGAAUGUAUCAAUCAGCAUCUAUGAAUGAACUUGCGGAAUUUACAACAACGAGUUUGAUUAUGAUGCUGAGUUCAAGUUGAGAUCUAA